UUCAGCUAGAGAAAACAACACAGAUUGCAGCGUCUCACUUGCCCGAGAGAGCGAUUGUAACAAGUCUCACGAUUAACUACGAGACUUUGCAUCUCCCAAAUUUGAGCUGGACCAAAGAGCGACAUCCGAUGGGGAGAUGCUACACUGAUGCUCAGGUCAAGAGAGAAGUCCUACACAUGGAUGAACCAGGAGAGGAGGGAGCACAUCACAACACGCCUGUCAUAGAAAGCAGCUCUGCUGGGUACCCGCUCCAACGCUCACCAGAGGACCGGCUCUACUGCCACCGACAUGGAGAAGCGUUGCUCAGAGUGCCCUGAGCCAAGGCUUGCCCAGAGUCUCUGCACCUUCUGCAACAAGUGGCUCUGCUACCAAUGCACAGACAUGCACCAGCACCAGAGAGGCGCAUCCCAGUGUCCAGACCUCCACCCACACCCAACACGACCCAUUCCCGCCCCCCAGUGUCCAGGCCCCGACCUCCACCAGAGGGGCUCCCAGCCCCCACCUGAUCCAGGGGAGCACCACUCUCUGCCAGGGUCUGGCUCUUGUCCUCGCUCCCUCCUCAUGUGCCAGUCUCACAGACAGGAGCCCUUGGAACUGUUCUGUGAGUCGUGUGACCUUCUGUGCUGCAGCAGCUGUCACCUGUCCUCUCACAAGAACCACAGGUUGGUGCAUGUUGGGAAGGCCUUGCAGGACCAGCAGUGGCUGUUUGAGAGUCUGAUGGCCCAGGUGGAAGAGAGGAGGGCUGCAGUCGAGAACUCAGCCAAGCAGAUAGAAGACAGGCUGCACAGUGUAAAGAUCACACAGAGGAAGGCAGAGAACCAGAUUAAAAUGGCAAAGAUGAUUAUGAUGAAUGAGCUGAACAAACGGGCCAACCUAUUAAUAGAGCAACUGGAGAAGGUCUCGGAGGACUUCCAGCGGCGUCUGGAGGACCAACUGCAGGGGGCGAUAGAGAUGUGCGGCCAGCUGGAUCACGUGCAGAACUUUGUAACCUGGGCAACGGCUCACCACCGCAGGAACCCCCUGCUCUUCAGCAGAGAGCUGAUUUCUCUUCAGAUGCAGCGCCUGUUGGAGCCCACACAUCACCCAGACGCCUGGGUCCCUGUCAAGAUCAAGUUCAACUGGGAUGCCAGCCACUGGACCAAGCAGAUGUCAUCGUUAGGUCAGCUGUCCGUUGAGGGAGGCAGUCGCUCCUACUCUGAGGGUGUGGCCUGUCCCAGUAUUCUUAGGCCUCAGCCUAUCACCUGCAUGGCCCUGCCCCCUGUGUGUCGCAGUGGGCGUGACCAGGGCUGUGCCUACCAGACCUGUUACCAGCCCCAGAUGUGCUGCCUCCACUGCCUCCCCCCCCAGCCUGCCCCGCAGCCGGAGAAACCCCAGCGAGAGGCCGGCCUCUACCCUGCCAGGUGUGCCCAGUCCACCCUCAGCAGCCCCCCGCUGCUCCAGAGGUGCUGGGGUCCUGACAGCCCCCCCUCCAUGCCUCCCUCCUCGCUGCAGUGCCCCCCUCCAUCGGCUGCAUCCCCUCCCUCGACCACAGAGCCUGCAGCUCAGCUCAGCUCCAGGCAUGUCUCCCCGGCCCCGUCCCCUUCCACUGUGCCACAGUCGGACUCCCCCCAGCCUUUGACGGAGCAUCCUCCAGACCGCCAGGCCCAGACCCGGGUUCAAACCCAGCCCAAGACUCAGGCACCUGCAGAGGGCACCAGGGAGGUGCCCUCUGCAGAGAAAGCCAGCAGAGGCGAGCUCCACAGCCUGCCAGCAGGCGGGGAUAGAGAGCUGAUGGUGGAGGAGAACCAGGAGGAGAGCAGGGAGCAGGCAGCUGGACUCCCAGGGCUGGGAAGAGAGCCUGGGGUCCAGGCUCCCCCAGAGAGACAGCAGGCUGGGCUGCAGGAGCCCAGACCUCCACUGCAGCCCAGAGCCUACAGGACACACCUGGAGAGAGAUGGCAGGAGAUCCACGUCACUGGAGAUGUCAGUGCUGAUGGCCCAUGGGUCCGGGGCUAAUAUUCAGAGCAGACCAGGAUCCGGCCCCGGCCCCAGCCCCGGCCCCAGCCUCAGCCCCAGCCUCAGCCCCAGCCUCAGCUCGGUGUGUGGGAAGAGGAAGAUCCGCUCCCAGAGCACCCCGGCAGAUCUGUCAGGCCGCUCCAGCACCCUCUCCACAGACAGGCCUCUGGGGUCCACCCACGGGCCGCUAACGUCAACAGCAGAUCGGGCACGCCUGUCGGACCAGGUACUCCCUUUCAUGAUGUUUGGGUAUGAGGACCCCAGACCAAGUAGGGUGUCAGAUGGAGUAAUCCGCUCUGUUGGAAAGGAAACUGGCCGAGGCCCGCCCCUCUCCAGAGGCCAGCCUCCCCUGCGCCUGUCCCCUCUGACCUCCUACAAGACGGAGCCAGAUAAUGUGUGUGUCUAUGCCAAUGAAGAGACCGGAUAUGAGAUCAAAGAAAAAUACAGGAUAUCAAGGAGAAGCCUAGAUAGCAGAAGUGAGCAGGAAGCCCAGAGGGAUUCUGGGAGCCCGAAGGUUCCGGUGGUGUGCUUGGAACGGCUCAAAGUCCUGGUGUCACGACUCCCACCACAGGGGAGGCGCCAGAGUGACCCUCUCCCUGCUAGUGGCAUGGAGAGUAGUGGCCCUGCCCUGGCUCCGAGGGCGUGGAGGGAGCGCCUGGCCCAGGGAAUGUCCAAGCGAGGGCCCAUGAGGGCCAACCUGUCCCUUCUAACCCCACCUUACACCCUGAACCACAUCUCCAGCCUGCCUCUCACACCCUCAGCCGCUGCUGCAUCCAGAGUGGCUGGGAGACGCAGUCCCACUCAUGAACAUCCAUCAACCCUGUCUACCGAUCCUGAACCCUCACCUCCACUGUGCCUCUCUCCUGACCUUGACACAGACUCAGACCCCAGGUCAGUCUCAGAGAUUGAAGCUGAUUCAGAGCCUGAUGCUGAUUCGGACCCACAGCCAGAAUCAGACCCACAGCCAGAGUCUUCCUCCGAGGCCGACCAGGAGUCCGUGGCUGGGGAGGACCUGGAGGCCGCUGGAGGGUCGGAGGCAGAUGGAGACUCUGAAGGAGCUGCGGGCUCAGGGCCCAGUGGAGAAUCUGAACCUGUUGAGAUGGGAGAGGAACUGGACGCCGAUGUCGAAACAGACGCCGAUGCCGAAUCCGACCUCCAGCUGGACCCUGAUCCUGGUCUCCAGUCUGAACCGCGUCCAGAAACAGAUUCCGAGGACAUGGAGUCUGACCUGCCCCCGGAGUCACAGAGCUCUGCAGAGUGUGGACCAGACCUGGGGUCACAGAGCUCUGCAGAAUGUGGACGAGAGCUGGAGUCAGAGAGCUCUGCAGAAUGUGGACCAGACCUGGAGUCAGACCCAGAGUCCUCCACAGCCGAUCCAGUCCCGCUAGGCUCCGGUCCGGCUCGGAAGUCCCCCCUGUGUCCAGGCCAGAGGGCCCAGGGUUCAGACCCUGCUUCUGAGGGGGCUGUGGAGGCCCUGCCUGGGGCUGAUCCAGAGGAGAUGGAGAGUGAGGACUUCUGUGCUGUGUGUCUGAUUGGGGGGGACCUGCUGUGCUGUGACCGCUGUCCCAAAGUCUUCCACCUGACCUGCCACGUCCCCUCUCUUCUCAGCUUCCCCACGGGGGACUGGAUGUGUACGCUGUGCAGAGACAUCCAGCAGCCAGAGGUGGAGUAUGACUGUGAGAACCAGAGGCUCUCCGGGGAACAGACAGGGAAGGCUGGACAGCAACACGGUCUGAAGGCAUCCGACCAGAGAAAAUGUGAGAGGCUCACUCUGUUGAUCUUCAGCAACAUCCUCAGUGCUCCCUUCCACGAGCCAGUUAGUCCGUUGGCUCGGCACUACUACCAGAUCAUCAAGCGGCCCAUGGACCUGUCUGUGAUCCGAGCCAAGCUGAGCAAGGGCAACACCCGUCACUACUACUCCCCAGAGGAGUUUGUAGCCGAUGUCUCCCUCAUGUUCAGGAACUGCGCCAAGUUCAACUAUCCGGACUCUGAGGUGGCCCAGGCAGGCAGCAGCCUGGAGUCUUUCUUCAGCUCCAAGCUGAGAGAGGUGUAUCCUGACAGGGCCUUCCCCGUCGCCGAGGAGGACUCCGACAGUGACGAGUAUGACGAGGUGGCCAGAAGCGCUGACGGCGGCUUCCCUUGGCCCGAGAGGAGGGAGCAGGGCCACAGGAAGAGGAAGAGGAGGCACUCUCUCAACUGGAGGAGGCACCACUUCUGAUUGGAAGACUGAGGCAACACCAAAACAAGCCUAUUAGACGAUGGUAUGAAUCUUUAGAUUAUUGCACUGGGGGUUUCCAUCAUCCAUUUGUUUGGGUAAGCAAAGUGUUUUUAUAGGGGAUUGUACAGUAUGAUUUUACAUUUUGUAAAAAACGACUUACACUUACUCCUAGAUAAGGAAUGUGUUAGUGUACAUGUAUUACUAUUACAGUUGUCAGACAUGUAUGCUUUUAUGAAUUGGAUUUCUGGUCUUUGAUGAAAUGUAUUUGUAGAUUUUGCCUAAAACUUCCACUAUAUCUUGCACUUGAGAAGUAUAAAAUCAAUAUUGGUAAAUGUUACUGCUAAGCCUAUUUAUACGUUAAACUAUAUAAUAUUUUAUUUUAUAUAUUUAUAUUGAGAAAACCAUUUUAGUGCCAUCAGUAAAUACAUAUUUAUCAAAUGUAUAUACAUGUUUUCCUGUCUGUCCCUGUACAGUCCACCCUUGCAGGCUCCUUAUUAAAUGGUAAUAAUGUUUUUGACUGAAAGAGGGCGCUCUUUCCUAAGUGCACAAACAGCACACAAGGAAAUGGUGAAGUUCAUAUUGAACAAGGGGACUACAACAGGAGUAUUGAAACAUGUGUUUAUUAUGCAUAAACAAUGCCAUUUACUGGAUUUAUCAAGUUAAAUGUGCUGUAAGAAGCUUAUCAUGGUUACAUGCUACUUUAGAUUUGCAUUUAUAUAUACCCAAUGAACUAUUUUUUGUUAAUGUGAUUAAGUUUAGGCAAUGUCAUUUUUCCAUACCAUGGCUGUCUCUCAUGUGGGCUUACGUAAUAUAAUUACUUAUUUAGUGCCCAUACACCAUUGCUACUUGUUGUGGCUAACACAUAGUGAAUACAGUUUGUACUAAUGUACUCCUUUAUUAUUUUCAUUAUGUAGACUUUACUGUACGUUUCUCUGAAUGAAAAAUUAUUUCUACUGGCUUUACUUCCUGCAAAUAAUAAUAACUGAAAUAUGUGCACUUUGUUUAAAACUCAAUUGAUGUUUUGCUUAUCAACCUGUAAUAUUUCUUGACUAAAGGUUGACGAUAUUAAUUCCCAAUGGUAUUUAAUUCUUUAAUUUUAGAUUUAUUACAAUGUGGGUCAGCUACUGAAGUAAAGACCCUUUCAUGAGAAAAUUCCAGAACAAAAGACACACUUCUACAAUUACUUCAUAUUCCUUUUCUAAUUGUUAUUCUGACCAAAAAUAAUUAUGAGCUCAUGGAAACGAUAAAAAUAUGUAUUUCAUCAUAACAGUCUUUUCAUUCAGAAUCUUCAGGCUUUGUAGUAUUAAGCUCGUAGAAAUAAGUUCUUGAGUUGGCCUGUGCUGCUGUCUGACAGUAUGGAGUUGUAUUCAGCAGCAGUCAGGGGCCAGACAGUCUGCAGAUUAGUCUAGACGGUUGGGGUGCCUGCAGACCUCACAAAGAUGCAGAAGAAGGCAAGACAGGGAUUUUACCAUUUGUCUGAACAAGACUUUCCCCCAAAAUAUUAAACAUACGGUGACAUGGAGGAACAUGUAUAUCUUAA